AUGCCUUCGUACCCAGACGAUAUGCCUGCUCCAUCCCGGGAACGCCGUCACCGACGGGCUCCUCCCGAUUACGAUGACGCCGACGAUGAGGACUACUAUCGCCGACCUAAAUCACGUCCGGGAAAGCGAGACGAGUACGAGGGUGAGGACGAGGAUGAUGCUCCUCGCCGGCGACACCAUGAUAGCGCACACUCCUCCCGGGAGAAGAUACCCAAGGACUCUGACAUUCCACCACCGCCAAUAGGAGAGGAUCGCAGUAAGAGUCGCAAUAGAGAUAAGGAUCCUUACGAGGAUAGGGGACCUUCGCGUCGCGGGUCAACUCGCCACAGGACAAGAGAUCCCUACGAAGAGGAGCCCGCUCCACGCAGGUCCCACCGUAGCCGAGGAGAUAUCGAUGAACCAGAGCCACCUCGACGCCACAAAGGCCGUAGUUCUCACGAAGAACCACCACGGCGUAGCAGGCCUUCGAGAGACGAUGACUGGGAUCCGCGCCGCCGUAGCAAGCCAGAAAGAGAUCCCUUUGACGAGCCUUUUCGUCAUGGAUCUAUGAGGCCUCGGCAUGCUCCAUACCAUGAUGAAGACACCGAGCCCGAACCAGAAAGACCUCGCCGACGGCGUGAGGCAAAGCCGAGCAGAUACGACGAAGGUUACGGUACUGAUCGUCCUCGACGGCAGCCCAGGGAUGAUCAUGAACGCGGGUACAGAACCGAUGGUYGUGACUCGCGACGUGACAGAGACCGGGAAAGAGAACGCAGAGAACGCAGACACGACAGAGAUAGGCGCGGCGGCGACAGAAAAGAAAGCCGUGGUGACGAUCGUGGGGAUCGUGACCGUGACCGAAGACGUUCCCACGGCAGCAGUAAAAAGAAGGACGGUCUCGACAUGGACGAGAUAGUGGAGAAGGGCAAGAAGGGCUGGAAGACUGUGGCACCCGUUGCUAAGCCUCUGGCGCAACAGUUGGCAAACACCUACCUGCACGACUAA